UCCUCAAUCAAUAGCGGAAUGCCAGAGUUCAAUGUUUCGUUGUCUCCUUAAUAUAUUUUAAAACCCAUAGUAAAACCAAGGAAAGCGUGACAGAAUCAGCAUUUCAUUAAGGAUAUGGUAGAAUCUUUCCACAGGAAUGCAAAACAUUAUUCCACCCCAAGUAGUAAAACCAGCCAUCUUUGUUUGUUUACUUAGUUCACUCAACGAAUAAGACCGUACUGAGUAAGGAGCACAAGAGAGGCAGCCCUAGAAUAUUUAAUGUGAUCUUGGCGGCCUAUAGAGAGAAUGGCAGAUGAGGCCGCAAGACGACGUGAGCUUCGCAGACGACGCAUUUUAGAAAAUGCUGAGGAAAGAAAGAGGAAGAUUUUUGGGACAUCCUCAAGUGAUAUCGUCGAUACCACUAAAGAGAAUGACCAGCAUAAAUCUGCAACCAUCCAGGAUGAUGCAACAUCCUUCUUAAGCAAUUCUUCUCAGAAGGAGGAAGAGGGAAGUAGCAAUGAUGUAACCUGUGCACAGGAUACAAGGACAGCAACAAAUAUAAGUGACUUUCACUUACAGAAUUCUGUUGUAGAAAAUAAUUAUGAGACUGAACAUAAUCCACUUAAUUUUAGAACUGAAAAUGGGAUAGAUUCUGUACCUGAAAUAGCUGAACAUAUAAGAAACAUUAACAACCUGAUGGUAAAUAGUGCUGGUAAUUCAAAUUUCACCACCACUCCAAGCCGAAAGGUUAAUAGUUGUGACGUCCAGUCAGCCACCUUGGUUGGGGCUCUCAGUACACCCAUUGUGCCUGUUAUUCUUGCCUUAUUUGUAUGUAUUUUACUAAGUGUAAAACUUGAAUAUGUUGUGUCCAAUAGCAUUGCUUUACCAUUUUUGCUGUGGGAAGCUCAUCACAUGUGGUGCAUGAGACAUGUCAUUGAAGCCUCAUCCCAAGGUGUGGGAGGCCUGUUAGGGCUUGCUCUUGUUUUGUGUGGGGUACAGCAAUCAGCAGUAAGGAAGAUGAUGCAAGUAUCAACUAUUUUUAGGUGUGUUUUUGAAGACUUUGCUUUUUACAUCUUGACUGUUGUCAUUUGGUACUGGAUAAUUGGACUUCCUGGUUCAGCUCAUUCAGCAAAAGAUAUUGUGGAAACAGAGAAUAGUUUUAUGAGCACUGCAAGUGAAGAUAAUACCUAUACUAGUAUGGAAGAAUUUUAGUGCUUGAAAGUUUAUUGCUAUUGUGCCAAUCCUGUUAUUUAUGCUUUGCCUUACAAUAAGAAAUGCUAUAUCAUUGUACAUAAGGGGUUUAUUUCUUUUGUUACAACUAAUGACAGGAUGUUAAUGCUUAAAUAAAUAUAUAUUUAGAUAUAUAUGAUCAUAGAUACUGUAAACCAACUUUCUUCUUUGACAACAAGCUUUCCCAAAUUUAUGAAAGAAAUGUACUUGUCAAAGGUUUGUAGAGGUCAUAAAUAUUUUUCCUUGUAUAUAUUCGACAAUAGAUAAUGCAAAGUACUAUACUGUACAAUCAUAUGCCUUGACUCACAAUUACAUUUGCAAUUGAGCUGUAGUGUAACAACAUUUCUGUUCCACCAAAAGCAACCACAGAUAGUAAGAAAGGUACAUCUGCAUGCUUUUCCAUGCUUUUAAUAUUUUUCUUUGGUGACUAACUUUAAACUGUAUUAAUUUUUUUCUUUGGUGACUAACUUUAAACUAUAUUCAUUUUUCCAUAGGCAUUACAUACAUAUAUUUACAUACAAUGCAUUUAUAUAUGAAAAGUUUUAUGUUUUUAAUGCUGAUAUAGUUUAUGCAUCUUGCAUUUUAGUAAAAAGAAAACUAAACAGUUGAAAAAUUUAUUUAUUUCCUUGUACAGUACAGUCUUGACUACAAAUUUGCUUCAGGGGUUUCAGGGCCUUGUGAAAGUUUCUUAUACAUGGAAGAAGUUGGUAUAUAGUACUUUAUCACACACACACAUGCAUGUAUAGUCAAUUUUGUCAUUUGAUGGUCCGCACAUAAGUGCAAAUGUAAAUGUAACCAGCCUACGUAACAUAUCCAUUUCACAAGUUUUUUCUCCACAGUUGAUUUUGUGACAGUGCCUCAAUUGCUUGUGUGAUGUUUUUAAGUUGUGAGUGCUGAGUUUUUCAUUUUGCUUUUACAUCUAAAUAUUUCUGUGAUUUCCUCAGGAGCCCCUAAAGGCUAGAAAUUUGUGUAACCUUUAUCAAAACUUCCCAGGGAUUGGGUUUUGGAAGAGCCAAAUGCUUUGUAACAUGGGAACUUUUACAGCUAUCACCCUUUUUGGGCAUGUAUUGACUUUGGCCUAGAGAAAGGUAGUUUUAUGGGCUCUUCUGGUUACGGUGAUUGCCAAGGUAUAGUGUAAGAAAUAAGUAGAGAAAGAAAGAAGUUGUGUAGUUGAGGAUAAAGAAUGGAAAGAGGGUAAGAAGAGAGAAAAUAGGAGGUACAAGUUUUUUGAAGUCCAUUGAUCAUUGUAAUACCAGAAUAAAUCUGGGGGAGAGAAAGAGAGACAGUAUAAGCAAUAUUUAAAAAAAAUUGGGGGGAUCCUUUUUAUUUGGUAUUUGACUGACUUCUGUUUGGACAAUUACUUUUGCAAAAUGUUGAUGCAGAUUAGUUUAUUAUUUCAUGACAUAAGCCAGAGGAAUUUAUUUAUAGUUUGAUUCCAUAAUCAUCGAGUUACAGGAUGCUCAGAAUCUGACUAAAUUCCCUUGUCCCUGGGUUAGUUUGGCUAGUAGAUUCCUUGAACUUGGCACAAGUUAACUUAGUUCUUGCUUGUAUACUUCUUGAAUUUCAAUGUUUUGCUCCUCCAGUCUUUAGAAGGUAAAUGGUAUCCUUCCAGCUGUUGCUUUCACCUCUCUAUAUUUUUAUUUAAUUCUAUGAAAGUAACUCCAAAGAUCCAGACAUUAUUUUUUACUUUUUGUAUACUUUACAAUAAUGAGUUUCGUAUCCAGAAUCAUUGGGACCAAGAGUAUUCUGAUUAAAUCCAGAAUUAUGAGGACCAAGAGUGUUCUGGAUACCUGAUGUUUAUCUUGAAGCAUCACCGAGGUUAUUUCAGACUUGCCAAAUUUUUAAUGGUGAAAAGUCAUAUACUUGAUUAAUAGGAAAAAGACUAUACACAUUAGGAGUAUUGAAAAUAUUAAGGGAACUUAGUGAUAUGUGGUAAAGAAAGCUGAACAUACCUGAGCCUAACAAAGCAGUCUGUCAUAUACCUAUAAGCUUUAUGAAUUAUGUAUAUCAUACAUAUAGGUAUGGACUGCAUAUGAAUUCAUUUAAAAACUUCAAGAAAAGUAAUGCAGUGAUUUGUAAAUGAAAAGGUUAUAUAUUUUAUUCUCGUGUGUCUGGAAUCCUCAUUGUAGGCUAGUGUAAACUAUGCAUAGCCUAGACUAAUGUAUAACAUUUCAUUAUGGAAGAACCAUAUUGGAUGAUGAAGGAAAGCAACUGAAUGAAGAAUACAGUCAGCAAUUUAAUUUAGUAAUUAACAGUAAAAUGAAAAGUCAAGUGUGCUUAAUUCCCUGGACUUUUGACAGGUUUUGAAAGCAGAUUAGGUUAUCCCAAUUAACUUAGCUUUAUGGAUAAGUAUUUGAUGCAGGGAUAAGGUGGCCUACUUUUUAAAGUAGUAAAACAAGGUUCAUAAGAAUUGACUGAAGUGGUUAUUAAUAGGAAAUAUAUUUUGUUAAAAUUAAGAGACUAAAUGUUUUACUGAUAAUAGUUGAAUUAAGCCUAAAACUGGUACAGUAGACUACUAUAACAAUUAAAAGUUUUUUUUUUUUUUUUUUUUUUUUUUUUUUUUUUUUUUUUUUACUAGAUUUCAGACGGCAGAAAUCAAGUCAAGUAGCUAUAUUUUACUCGGCGUUAGCAGUUUUCUUCCUUACAGUAUGGACAUUUAAUUACUAGUAAGGUUUUUAGCAUAAACUUAGCUUUAUGAUAGAUUAUUAUUAUUAAAACAGCCAUCAAAGCAAAGGAAAAUCUAAUCAUCAAAUUAUCACUAUCAUAUUUGUUAUCAAUCACCAUACAGUGGGUAAAUCAGCAAAGAAACCGUAAAUUUCUGUGAUUUAGCAGCCUAUGUGUCAUCUGCAGGUAACUCACGUCCACUUGUAACUACAGUCAGUAAUACCAUAUAUUAAAGAUAUGGUUUAGCUAAAAAAAUUUAUUAUUAUUAUUAUGAUUGAGGUUUUAUUAUAUUACUACGUAUAGUACUUUGGAGCCAUGUAAACUUUCCAUAAGGGUUAGUUGUGCAAUAACAAUUGUGGAUGAUGUUUAUGUAAUUUUUCUGGCUGUAAAUAAUUCUUUUAUUGGCCAACAGGCUUUAUAACCUCCAGAUAACUGUUUCCAGAUAGAUGAAAUCUGGAUACAAGGCACUUCUCUGCAUUAUUUUCCCCUUGAUGCUUGCUUCUUUGGAAAAUCUGCUGUGGACAUCUGUUCAUAAAAUUCAGAUUUAUAUUCUCAGAAAAUAUUAAAUGCAUUUUGCAUGCAGCUGUAUAUGUGUAUUAGUCAUCUGAUUAAAUGCUGAGCAUGCUACUGUCAAGUGUUUGUAAAAACUUUAGGCAACAAACAUUAAGAUUUUAUAGUUUUUGUAUUCAUCUUAAUAAAUAUUUCUCUUCAACUGGUAGAUAAUGGAACAUACGUACUCCCAAAGGAUGUGGAGAUAUAUUGCUAUCAGUGGUUUUACUAUCUCUUUAUUUCAAGAUGCAAAAGGCCAUCAACAGUAAGUGCAAUGAGGUAAUAAGAUUCAAAGAGUUACAGAUACAUAAAGAAGGGAGCAGUUUUGAGUUUAAUGGAAGUCUGGGCAAAAUUAGUUUUUAUUGGUCAGUUGCAAUGCCAGUAUGUUCUUGCUGCAUUGUGUCAUCCUUGGUUUUAUUUAUUGGGGAGGUUGAGGAGUUUCUGAUGGUUUGGCGGGCAUAACAAUUUGCUGAGGUGUUGGGGGCCAGACUUUUCAUCCGUUUGGAUUCCCCUAGCUCUGUCUCUCAUUGGCAUUUGAUUCCGAUUGGUUUUUAAUGUCUCUCUUUGUCUCUAUGCCCUUCAUAAGCUUUUGGUUUUUGCCUAUUGCUCAGUUCUUUUCUGCCAGUUAACAACUGAACUUCAGUUGUUGUUAUCCAUAUGAUGAAGUAUUUAUUAUUUUGGUAGCAUUCACACUAUUUCUAGAUACCUUACGUCUAUUUAGACCUGUUUUUCACUGAUUACGACAUUAUUCCUGAUUAUGUCUAACUUUAGACAUUGGCUUCCUUAUUUUCAAUGCAUGUACUGAAGAAGAGGAAACUUUGGUGAUCUUUCACCAUCUAGAAAUCUGUGCUCAUCUUUUCACCUUUGGAUUAUCAUCUUUUACCUCGAGCCACAGUGCAGGCAGUCCCUGGUUAUUGGCGAUGGUUCUGGUUUCGCCAAGGUGCCGAUAAUCGAAAACUGCCGUUAAUCGAAACUCGGCCAAGUUUCAGUUGAUUGCACCUCUGUUAGGUAUAUUAUGUCGCCAUAACUCUAUUAUCAGCACCUUAUGGUGCCAGUAACCGAAACUUGGGCAGUUGUGGCACCACAAAUCACCAAUUUUAUGACGUACAACAAGCGCCUUAAAACCGGGUCGCCAUUAACCAAGUCCGCUGAUAACCGGGGACUGCCUGUACCAGAGAUAGCCUCAGAUCUUCAAAAGAAGUCUACUCAAGAUCUUCUGGCUUAGUCAGCCAAACAUCCCAAGGAGCCAACCUCGUUUGGUGCUAAGACUGUCUCUCCUCUUCAACAGCAGCCUUUUUGUGGCAGUAGGGCAAAAUUCCAGCCCAGACCUUGCUCAAAUGAGCACUCAGUCCAACAGAUUAAAAAUGCCCCUCAAAACCUUCCUCUCAUAAGCGAAGAUCCUGUCCUCUCUCAUAAGUGAAGAUUCUGUCCUUUGUGUGCCAGUGGGAGCCAGACUUCUCCAUUUUUGGGAGGAAUGGAAAGCCAGAGGUGUAGAGCAGUGGAAUUCAAUUGUGCUGAAAGAGGGCUACUUUCCAUUCAGGGGGAAUCCACCCUAAGUGUUGACACCCAUUGCAUUGACAGGCUACUAGGUAGGCUUAGAGCGGUGCUCAACCCUUAUGGAAGAGGUCUCAUCUCUUCUCAAGAAAAGAGCAGUAGAGGUGGUCGAGGAUGUCAGCACAGGUUUUUUAUAAAUCAGUUUGUGGUCCCCAAGUCGUCCGGGUGUUGGAGACUUGUCUCAAUGUCAGCGCCCUAAGUUUCUUCAUUCAGAAAACUAAAUUCAAGGUGGAAAUGAACCAGUCAGUUCUGUCAUCCAUUCACCAGGCCAACUGGAUGGUAAUCGUCAAUAUGCAGGACUCCCACUUCCAUGUCCACAUACAUCUGGACUCCAGGAAAUACUACCUCAGGUUCAUGUUUCAGGGAAGUGUCUUUCAGUUUGAGGCUCUGUGCUUCAGCCUCUCUACAGCUGAAGUUUUCACUCGUGUUCUUGCCCAUCUCGCGAAAUGGCUCCACCUCAUGGGCAUCGACGUCUUCCUAUACCUAGAUGAUUGGCUUCUUCACUCUCCUUUAAGAGCACAGUGCAUAGAGAACCUAUGGAAAACCCUCCUCUUGGCCCAGGAGUUGGGUUUACUCAUUAACCUAUCAAAUUUCAAUUGACUCUGACUCAAGUAAUUUUCUAUUUGGGGAUGACAAUUGUCUCUUGAGUUUUAGAGCUUUUUCAUCCCCCAAAAAGGAUCCAAUCGUGCCUUCAGACGGUCCAUAGCAUCCUCUCUCUCCUGUUCUGUUUGGCUAACAGGUGGGUGAGUCUUAGGAACCCUCUCAUCCAUCGAGAAGUUCGUCAGUUUAAGAAGACUGCAUGAAGGUGCUGCAGUUCUUCCUGAAGGCCAGUUGGAACAAGAAAAAAACACCUGGACUUGUUUGUAUUUCCCCCAGAAAUCAAGGACUGGUGGUGGUGGCUUUCAGAAAAAGGCUUUUAGAAGGGAAGUUCCCUUCCUUUUAGCCCCAACCUAGCCUUGUACUCAAGACAUUUCAUAUCUGAGGUGGGGUGCCUUUUCUGGAAGACAUGGAAGUUUCUGGGAUUUGGUCACCAGAAGAGAGGAACCUUCAUAUCAACAUAAGGGAAUUGAUGGCUAUACGUACAUUUAGGUCUUCAGUCAUUUGCAAAAGUGACGUUCAACAAGAUAAUAGUGGUCCAUUGGGACAACAACACCGCUCUGUCCUAUGUAAAGUAUCAGGGAGGUACUCGCUUCUUCUCCCUCUACAAAGCAACAGACGACAUCUUUUUUGGCAAAGAAGAUAGGGAUGAGAUUCAUUCACGGCAAGUUGAGUUUGUUAGUGGACGAGCUAAGUCAUCGCAGGCAGGUCCUGCCCACGGAGUGGACUCUAGCUUCACAGGUAUGCUGUUGAUACACCUUUUUGCAACAUCAAGGAACCAUUGCCUCCUGUUGUUAUGUUCUCCAUCUCAGGGCUCUCUUGCAUGGGCGACAAAUGCCAUACUGCAGGAUUGGUCAAACUUGGACCUGUAUGUCUUCCCACCAUUCAGCAUGGUCAGGGAAGUUUUAAACAAGUUUUUUAACUCGCUACAGUGCUUCAAUGACCCUAGCGACUUUUCUGGUUCCUGGACCUCUUCAGACUUCGGGUGGACUUUCCAUGACUUGCCACAGAGAUCAAGUCUUCUCAAAGAGCGAUAUUUCCAACGAUUCCACUGAGGUCUGUCUGCUCUUGUUCUGACAGCAUUCAGACAGUCAGCAGACUUGUCAGAGUGAAGGGUUUUUCAAGACCAGCUGCAGAGGAGAUUGCAAAGUGUAGAUGCCAGUCUUCUUCUAGGGUCUACCAAGCUAAGUGGGCAGUAUUUAGCAGCUGGUGUAGAAGACAUACUGUCUCAUCUAGUCAAACCUCUGUGACACAGAUUGCAGAUUUUCUGCUUUUUCUUGAGGACUUGCAAAGGUUUAUCUUUUGCUAUCAUCAAAAGAUACAAAGCCAUGCUAGGUUCUGUAUUUAGACACAGAGGCCUGGAUCUAGGAUCUAAUCAGGAUAUCAGCGAUUUGAUCAAGUCCUUCGACUCGGCAAACCAAAGUAAGACGGACUCAGUCACCUGGAAUCUGGAUGUUAUCCUCAGGUAGCUUUUAGGUCCUCCAUUUGGGGCCCUUCACUUCAUCUCUCUUUAAGAGACUUGACAAGGAAAACUUACUUUCUUGUUGCUUUGGGUAUAGCCAAAAGAGUCAGCAGUUACAGGCCAAAGAUAAAAUUAUGAGUCUGAUUCCCCCAAGGAGAUGUGGUCUGCUCUUUUAUCUUGGAUUUUCUGGUGGUUUUCUUGCUAAGAACAAGACUCCUUCUAAGCUCUGGCCCCAUUCUUUCUUUCAUCAAGAAUUUGAUAGACAUUCUUGGUGUAGAAGAAAGAUCUAUUUGUCCAAUAAGGGCAUUGAGGUAUUACUUGAAUUGGACUGAGAAGAUCAGAGGUCCCUCUAGUAACCUCUGGUGUUCCAUUAAAAAUUCUUCUCAACUGCCUUCCAAGAAUGCAAUGUCAUUCCUUUUAAGAGCUGUCACUACCUCAUUGACUUUUAAACAUGUGUCCAUAUCUGCAAUUCUUUGGUCAACCUUUUUGGAAGUGUAACUCGUGUUUGUGAUGCAUUAUGUACAAGGAGUGGAGACUGUUCCAGAACGGUAGUGUCCUGGGUCCAUUGUCUGUGACUGGCAUGGUAUUGGGGAACAAAGCAUAAUAGUUAUUCACCUAUUGUCCAUCACUUUGCCUGUAUAUUGGCUGUUGAGUCUUGGGCAGCCUGGGGUUCAUGUACCUGGAAUACCAGUAUUUUAUUGGUUUGGUAAUGGUUUUUUUUAUUUUGUUUAGGUGAUGGGUUGUCUGGUUAUCUUUUAUUAUAGCACUGCAAGGGCAAGGGAAUUUUUGAAGUUUUGCUAGCCAUUGGAUAACUCCUUUGCUGCAUAACUCCACUGAGGCUUUGCUAGCCAUUAGAAUACUCUUUCGCUACAAAGCUCCCACUGAAGUAGAGACACUCCAUGGCUACACCGCCACGCCACCUCAGGUUAAGAUAAGCACCAACCAGAGGCAGUAUCUACCUGUAGUAGCUCUCUUACCAGGUAAGGUUACAACAAGCGUUUUAACCAAUACUAGCUACCUUUCUAUUGCAAAAUUCUUUACCAUACUGAAUUGUUUGGAGUAGAAUAUGUACAUGCAUCCCACGUCCUGUCUAUAUGGGAUUCAGCUAUGUAAUUACUUGAUAAGUUACUUAUGUAUAUGAAAAUUAUAUUUCCAUAGUAAAAUUAAGUUUCAUGUAUAUACUUUCCAAGUAAUUACAGAAUCAGAUCCACCCCUACUCCCCUCUUGUGGAAAUACAGCACAAAUGAAUUGAGCUCUUCAGCUGUUAUGUACCUAUUCUCCCCUGAAAGUGGAUGGGGUUUGUCACCUAUACAGAAACAUUAGAAGCACUACCACUAAUUUCAAAAUUUAAGCUGCCGCUCGAGUUUGAAACAUUAGCUAUGUAAUUACUUGGUAAGUAUAUAUGAAACUUAGUUUUAUUAUGAAAAUACCAUUUUUCUCAUGUCUUAAUUAUUUUAUAUUUUGGUUUGAUAAUGGUUAUUUAUUGCAAAUUUUUUUCUCUCUCUAAAGUGAUACUUAAUAUUCAUUUAUCAUUAUUAAUAACUUGGGAGAUAAACAAGGCAAAUAGUGUUAAUAACUUCUAAUUACAUAUAGGCAAGCUUACUGUAAAAUUAAAUUAGUACAAAUGAUUAGCCCCCCACCCCCCAGACACACACAUUUGGUGUUUUACUUUUUUUCCACUUCUUUAAUUUUUAUGUUAACACCCUGUUCCUUGAGAUUUCACUUAUUAGCAGAAUACCGAACAUAGGUGAGCCAAUUGAUAAGAAGAAUGGGUAUUUUGGGUAUCAAGCAUUAACAUAUGUAUGCAGAUUUCACAGCAGUAUAGUAAUGUGUUAAUGGCUGUUAGCAUACAUAUUUUGCAUAUUUUAUAACCCAAAUUAAGUAUUUUACAAAUAAUCUUAAAAUUAAGAGAAAAUAUAUUAACAACAUACGCACUUGGUUACAUUAGUAUUUGCUAUAGUUGGCUAGAGAAAAGACAAGUCAAUGUAAGGAAUGCCACCUUUGCUCUCACAACAAACCUUAUCCAGCAGAUGACAAUAAUAGGCUGUGUGUGCAUGUGUUUAAUAUAUGAAAAAGACCAUAAUAUUUGCUUGUGCCAUGUUGCAAGUAUAGAUCAAUUAAUGUGCAAUCACUGGCUCCAUGUGUACAUUAUUCAGGUAACAUUGCUGCUUUGUGAGGACUGGUGAAGAGGUUGAAUGUAAUGGCAUUUAGUGGCUUAUUGGCUCUAGAACACAGAUUAAUAAGCUGUUAAAGUGUUGUUCUCCACUUGCUAGCUACUGCAUCAUGGUAUCCCUUUACUGUUGUGGCAUUCUAUUAAGAUAUAUGUGAAAAUAUUCCAUUUUUCUUCUUGGAAUGAUGAUUCUAGUGUAUUUGGAUGUCUUAUGCGGCCACACUUUAUUCUCCAGUGUUCAGAUCAAAAUAAUUUAUGUUGUUGGAGCUCACAUUUUUAGAUUUAACUUAAAAACUACCGUAUGUUUGAGAGGUGGAGAUCAAUAAUAAGUUAAUAUAUUCUGUGAUUUGUAUUUUUAACGAUUUAUAUGUUGGAUGAAACCCAUGUAUAAAAGAGUUGCCAGUAAACUAUUCACCUUUGAAAUAUUUUUGUUUACUGUUUUACCUUGAGUAUUGUUAAUGAGAAAUAUUGUUUGGCAAAAUUGUUAUGAUUAUAUUACUGUAAAAAGAUUUUUUAUUCAGGUUGUUAAUGACUGAAAUAAAUGAGAUUCUAUUAGGAAGUUAUUCCUAUAGUAUGCUGAUGUAGAGCUCA